CAGGCCCCUCUGCCCGGCGGCACUGAUCCACCCACCCCAAGGGCAACGGCGUCAGACUUGGGGAGGGUAGAAACUCCCCCUGAGGGGCCCAGCAGCCUCUUUCCUUCCCUGUGCUCCCACCCCUCCAAAAGGGCUAAACUCAGGCGGACAGAGCCCCACCAAAGCUCUCCUCCCGAGUGCCUUCCUCAGGGGGAGAAAGUCGCCUCUCUCGCUGAAGCUGCUGCAGGGGAGUCAGGCCUUCAAAAGUGUGCACGCUAACCGCCUAGCUCCCCCACCCCCAGAGGAUCAGGAUGUCGGAGAACCAGCCCAAUGCGAACAAUCACCAUCACCCCAUGAACAACAACGGGGCUGGUGGGGCCGCCGGUGGAAACAAUCGAGGGGUACGGAACCCCAACCUCAACCAGAACCCCCUGAUUAAUGUGCGCGAUCGCCUCUUCCAUGCCCUUUUCUUCAAGAUGGCUGUAACCUAUGCCCGCCUCUUCCCACCCUCGUUCCGCCGCAUCUUCGAGUUCUUCGUCCUCCUCAAGGCUCUGUUUGUGUUGUUCAUCCUGGCUUACAUUCACAUCGCCUUCUCCCGUUCACCCAUUAACUGCCUGGAGCACGUGCGGGACAAGUGGCCGCGCGAUGGAAUCCUGCGGGUGGAAAUACAACGCAACUCCAGCCGAGCCCCCAUCUUCCUGCAGUUCUGUGAGGUGGAGAAAUUCCCGGGAAUGGUGAUUGAGUCUAUGCAUGAGGAGGAGGAGGAGGAAGAGGAGGAAAUGACUGUGGAGAUGUUUGAAAACAGCUCUGUCAAGUUUGAGCUGGACAUUGAGCCCAAGGUGUUUCUCAAGCCACCCCGGGCAAGCAGCACUGAGGCACUGACCCAGGUGACCCAGAACGAAAGCCAGGAGUUCUCGUUUAGCGAGGCGACCACUAAAGGUAUGCAGCCUCUGAGUGAGACUGUGUCCGAGUUUGAGAUGCUAGCCAGAGCAGUGUGGCCGCAGGAAGAGUACAUUGUGGAGUAUUCUUUGGAGUAUGGGUUUUUACGCCUGUCUCAGAGCACUCGUCAGCGUCUCAGCAUCCCAGUCAUGGUGGUGACACUAGAUCCCACCAGGGACCAGUGCUUUGGGGACCGAUUUAGUCGCCUGCUGCUGGACGAGUUCCUGGGUUACGAUGACAUUCUAAUGUCCAGUGUGAAAGCUUUAGCUGAAAACGAAGAGAACAAAGGUUUCCUCCGCAACGUGGUGUCUGGGGAGCACUAUCGCUUUGUCAGCAUGUGGAUGGCUAGGACUUCAUAUCUAGCAGCCUUUGUUAUCAUGGUCAUAUUUACUCUGUCAGUCUCGAUGCUGUUGCGCUACUCUCAUCAUCAAAUCUUUGUCUUCAUUGUGGACCUCUUACAGAUGCUGGAGAUGAACAUGACCAUUGCAUUCCCUGCUGCUCCGUUACUCACGGUCAUUUUGGCUCUAGUAGGCAUGGAGGCCAUUAUGUCAGAGUUCUUCAAUGACACCACCACUGCGUUUUAUAUCAUCCUCAUUGUGUGGCUGGCGGACCAGUAUGAUGCCAUCUGUUGCCACACCAAUACUAGUAAGAGGCAUUGGCUCAGGUUCUUCUACUUGUACCACUUUGCCUUCUAUGCAUACCACUAUCGAUUUAAUGGACAGUACAGCAGCCUGGCUCUGGUCACCUCAUGGCUUUUCAUCCAGCACUCCAUGAUCUAUUUUUUCCAUCAUUAUGAGCUGCCAGCCAUCCUCCAGCAGAUCAGAAUCCAAGAGAUGCUGCUGCAGAACCAGCAGGUGGGUCAAGGGACCCAAACAACGCUGCAGGACAACCUCAACAACAACACUACAGCCGCCCCCACCGACAUGGGUGGCAGGCGGCCCCAUCCGGCAGCUGGUCCCGCCACAGAAAGCAGCAGCCCCAGUUCUCUGGCUCCCAGCGAGGAUCCCAGUGCUGUUGCCAUUGCAGCUGCUACAGCCUCUUCUGUAGGGAGUGAUCUGAACUGGGUAGCUGAAACAGCCGCCAUCAUUACGGAAGCCUCGUUUCUGUCUGACCUGAGCACUACCCUCUUGGAGCCAAACGUGGGGCACGAAGCCAUGGCCAAUGGGAGCCCACAGGAUGCUGCUGUCGCUGCUGCUUCAAGCUUGGUAACCCGAAUUCGAGUCAGCAGCGACCGCGUGGAGACUGCUAUGGGCUCCAUUACUAUAGAGGUCUCUUCAACAGCAGUGGUUACUGCAACAGAUGCGCCCCCUGGUGCAGAAGACAUACCAGCUGCCCCUCUUGUCCCAGCACAGGGGGAUGACGCAUCCAUCCCUAGUCCUUCCUUUCCUGAGCAGACUGCGGCUGCAGGGGAGUCACUGAGCCAAGCAGAACCUAGUGGAAAGGACUGUGUUGCAAACAGUAACCUGGCAGAGACCCCUCAGCCCCUCACGCAAGAUACUGAUCUGGUCAAGCAUUCGGAUAGUGCUUUUGGGGACCAUGGGGAGACUGCCCCCUGCCCAACAGCAGUGGACGGUACAGCCAGCUCUGAAGCUCACUCAGAACCAGAGUCCAGUAGCCUGUCCUGAGCUUGGUCUCUCCUUGACCUCUGGCAGUCCAGAAGGAAUCUAGAUUUCUUAUUUCUCCCCAUGCCUCCCCCAUAAUUCCCUUUAGUGGAGGCGGAGCAGCUGGAGCGUGGUAAAGAGGCAAUUCGUUUCUCCCCGGACAGUAGAUGUGUAUGUGUUAAAAGGACAGACUUGCCAGGAGCCAUUAAUACCCAGCAUCCCUCUGCAACUAGACCUGCAGAGAGAGGUUCUUCACCGCAUGCAAGGUGCUGGGCCCCACGUUUUUCUUAAGCCAUUGGCAGACAACAGGGCUGCAGGAUUGCGGCACUUGGGCUAAUCAGUGUCACACUUCUGUGGUUCCUCCUUCUUCCUCUCCCGCCCCUCCUGCGUUGCUCUUACAAGGAAGGGCUUCAAGGUAUACCGGCUGGAUCAGCUGCUGGGGACUGAGUCGUCAGCCCUACUUGCCUUUGCAAGUGUGACCCAAAUUGUACUAAACAAUUUUUUUUGUUUUUAACCAAAAAAAAAAAAAAAACAAAAAUCUUAAUUUGAUGAGUUGCAUCUAAUGUGGUGUAUUCCUGGAAAGACAGGCGGAAAAGUUCAUCAACUGAAAUGGAAAUGAACCUCAGGGGCUGUCAGAAAUCACUUGCUGGAGCUAAGAGUCAUUUCCUUUCAUCAGGGGAGCUUCGGUGCAUGCUGCUUGACAUCUUCACCCUGACAGUUUGGUAGCGUCUAGCUGAUUUGUCUGCAGCUGAAUCUCCCUGUUCUCAGCUCUUCUUCCUCACCAGCCAUAUGGGCCUUGACUGUAUAGGGGUUUUUGGCUACUUAGCAAAGGAGUAAAGUUGGCUGUUGCAAAGACAAAUUCUAUAUAUAGCUCUAUCUAUUUUUAGAAAGAUGCAGAGGUUUUAAAGGGUGAGACACAAGUCUGUAUUAAUGGGGGGAGAAGAUAUGGGCGGCAGUUUCCUGGCGUUCCUGUCUUAGAACUGCAGUUUAACAGAAUGUGUGUGGUGGGGGUGUUCAGGUCUCCUUUGGAGAUCCCCAGAAGGCAGCAGAGGGCAUCAGCGAGCUUGGCCUUCUGCUAGGGAAAGUGCAUCUUAAGCCCUGUGCCCUUUUUCCAGACAUCAUUACAGUGGAGAAGCUGGGAAAUAGGGCUUCGAUUAGCUGUAGUUAAGCAUCUUUCUGCUGCCCUCUCCCCCUGACCUCUUACCAGUGGCCACUCUAUCCUGGGAGAGGUGAAAAAUGAGGCCGUUUUCCUGUGCUAACAGAUCACCAAGAGCCAGUCAGCACUGUCUGAGCAGACAGGUUCAUACUGCUUCCCCGGCAGGUCGCAGGGGUUUGCUUGGAAUCAUCUAGGCUGAUUAUGGGACGGAUCCCCAUGGCUAUCUUCCCUUUUCCAUUCCCACUGUACCCCCGAAAGAAGAGCAGCUUUUCUUGCUGCCACAUGGCCUCCGGCAGAGGCUCUCUGAAUCCAGCACCUUAAAUGCAUAGCACAUAGACUGGGUAAGCUCAAGCCAGGGCCUGUGGCCUGAAAACAUUUAGUUAGAAACUGAACUAUAGGUUCAUAAUUCAUGGAAGAGCCUUCAGGGAUGCAUGUGUGUAGCCUGGUCACCACACAGCUCCACUCUUUGCUUUGGUGGCUUAGCUUGUCUUUUCAGUGCCUUGUCCCAUGUGUGGGACACCUUCACAUCCUAAGAUUGGGCCCUUCCAUGAGUUGAGAAAUUCCCUUGGCACAGCACCGGAAGGGGAGACUGCAAGUAGAAAACCGUUACACGUGAUGGUUCAGGAGAAAAGCAAAGGAGCCGAACACUGAAGCCAAGAAGAAAUUCAGAUAAACCCUCCCUCUCUUCCCUGGCAAAAAGGAAGCCUGGAGCACUGUUGUGCUGAGAGGAGAGGCAAAGCUAGCUGUGAGAUUAGUGUCUCACCCUGGUAGACUCUAGUUUGCCUAAGGGCUAUCCGGGUCUAUACCUUUUUAUUAACUAGUUGUAGUGGGUGACAUCUGGUACCCAAGUUAGAGAGGCUGCAUUAGAAACCAGUCUGUUAUCGGCAGCAGAGUUUUCUAGUUCAGUCGGCCUGCUCUGGUAUACCCAUCCUGGGAGCUGCUUCCUUUUGGAGAAGGGUUUGUGGUAGGUGAUGUCCGGUUCCCCCAGCAAGGCUCUGAGAGGGGAGAUAAACUCAGGAAAAGGUAGCAUAUGUGGUGGAAAAGGGAAGUGCCAUGGGGGAGGGUGGGGCUUAGCCCCCCUUGAUUAGAGGGGUGCUGGGAGGCAUAUCUCCAGGGGGACAGAGACCAAGCUGUGGAAUUGCUCUUGGGCUCCAUUCUUGUCUACAUGAGCUAAGCAGCCCUCAGCUGGGAGGGUAAGUGCAGCUGGUGUUUUCUUCCCAUCUGAUCAGUCCCAGGAAUCAGGUCCUCUGGCAUUUCUACUGCUUAGCACGUGGGGAAGGCGCUGUUGGGUCAGGAAUUGGCGUGUGAUCAAAGGCUUUGCCAUGUCAGGGGCUGCCCAGCGCAAAGGGGUUUCCGACAGUAUCUUCGCUUUCUGUUUCUCUGCCUUUCCUCCCCAGAAACCCUUUUUAGGGAGUACAUGCUGCUGCUGGAGAUGGAGAGCGCUGGCCAGGGCCCGAUAUGUUGGUGGCCCCCUCUCAAUACACCCAACCUCCCCAGGAGCGAGAUGGGGUCUAGCCAACAUCUCUCCCCUCAAUUAUCUGAUGCUGCUUCUAGGCAGGUCGUAAAGGUCACAGAGCACAAGGCAGCAGAAACAGCUGUAGGAUUUGUGGGGUGGGGGAGGGAAAUGAACCAAAUCAUUUGCUGAAUGAAGGGUAGAGUUCAUUCUAUUUAAUGUACAAAAUGUGUUUGUAUAUAUAAUAAAUAUCUCUAAUGGCUUCAGGGGU